GUCAGCAGCGACCCUGGGGUCUGGGUCCCCUGUGUCGCCCCCGCCCGCCUGCAACGCCCGGCACCCGCCCAGGAGCGCGCAGCUGGGGUGCUAGGGAUAUAUACUUGAGCAAGAGAGACCACAGCUCUUGUUCCCGCUGAUCCUGCAGCCCAGUGGAUGGAGUCCAGAGUCUACAGAUCUGCCAGGAAAGAAAAAAAAUUCCUGAUGUCUGGUCCAAGCAGGAAUUCCCCAGUGGAUUGGGGAAUGACCGGCUUUUCCUCAGCUUAUUGAUCUCUGUGGUAACCACUGGAGGCCCCCAGAAGACCCAUAGUAAUGAGAGGCCUGAGGUCUACAAGUUGCUGCUAGAAAUAUUUUAGCCUCUCCAAAACCCAGAAUGCAGCCCCGACCCAAGUUUGUAAGGGUUCUUGGUGCACGCUGACCGCGCGCGGACGGACGCGCCGUUUGCUCCAGGUCCGGAUCUGGGCGCUGCCGUAGCAACGUCCUGGACGCCCAGACGUUAGGCCGCCGCCGCCGCGGAAGCAAGGAACCCGGCCUUCUCCCGCUCCUGAGGGCUGUGGCGGCGGCGGCCCGGGAGGCGGCCCAGGCUGGGUAGAGACCGCCCGGCUCCUCCUAUGCAAGCUGAGGCAGCGGAUUGGCUUUCAAGCAUGCCCUUCCAGAAGCAUGUCUACUACCCGCUCGCCAGCGGCCCAGAGGGGCCCGACGUCGCUGUGGCCGCCGCCGCCGCCGCGGGCGCAGCCUCCAUGGCCUGUGCGCCCCCCAGCGCGGCUUCGGGGCCCCUGCCCUUCUUCCAGUUCAGACCGCGGCUGGAGAGUGUGGACUGGCGGCGGCUGAGCGCCAUCGACGUGGACAAGGUGGCGGGGGCCGUGGACGUGCUGACGCUGCAGGAGAACAUCAUGAACAUCACCUUCUGCAAGCUGGGAGACGAGAAGUGCCCACACUGCCAGUCGGGGGUGGACCCGGUGCUGCUGAAGCUCAUCCGUCUGGCGCAGUUCACCAUCGAGUACUUGCUGCACUCACAAGAGUUCCUCACCUCGCAGCUGCACACCCUGGAGGAGCGGCUGCGCCUGAGCCACUGCGACGGCGAGCAGAGCAAGAAGCUGCUCACCAAGCAGGCGGGGGAGAUGAGGACGCUCAAGGAAGAGUGCAAACGCAGGAAGAAGAUGAUCUCCACCCAGCAGCUGAUGAUUGAGGCCAAAGCCAACCAGUGCCAUUUUUGUGACAAGGCCUUUAUGAACCAAGCUUUUCUACAAAGUCACAUUCAGCGCCGCCACGCUGAAGAAAAUUCUCGUUUCGAGUAUCAGAAAAAUGCACAGAUUGAGAAGCUCCGGAGUGAGAUCGUCGUAUUGAAGGAAGAGCUGCAGCUCACCAGGUCUGAGCUAGAGGCUGCACACCAUGCCAGUGCGGUCAGAUUCUCCAAGGAAUAUGAAAUGCAGAAAGCGAAAGAGGAAGACUUUUUGAAGUUAUUUGGUAGGUGGAAAGAAGAAGAAAAGGAGAAACUAGUUGAUGAAAUGGAAAAAGUCAAGGAGAUGUUUAUGAAGGAAUUUAAAGAAUUAACUUCGAAGAAUUCAGCAUUAGAAUAUCAACUGUCAGAAAUCCAGAAGUCCAAUAUGCAGAUCAAGUCCAACAUAGGCACAUUAAAAGAUGCCCACGAGUUUAAAAAAGACCGUUCUCCAUAUCCCCAGGAUUUCCAUAAUGUCAUGCAGCUUCUUGAUAGUCAGGAAAGCAAAUGGACAGCUCGAGUUCAAGCUAUUCAUCAAGAACACAAGAAAGAGAAGGAUCGGCUCCUGUCACAUACAGAGAAACUUCCAACCUCAAUGAUAGAUGAACUAAAUGCAAGCAAUGUUUUCUACAAGAAAAGGAUAGAAGAGCUAGGGCAGAGACUCCAGGAGCAGAACGAGCUGAUUAUAACUCAGAGACAGCAGAUUAAAGACUUUACCUGUAAUCUAUUAAACAGUGUCAGUGAACCCAAAGGAAAUCCUUUAGCCUGGCAGGCUUUUGAAUCUCAGCCAGCUGCUCCAGCUGUGCCUAUGAAUGCCCCAGCCAUGCACACUUUGGAAACUAAAUCAAGUCUGCCAAUGGCGCAUGAACAGGCAUUCUCGUCGCACAUACUAGAACCAAUAGAAGAACUUUCAGAAGAAGAAAAAGGAAGGGAAAAUGAACAGAAAUUAAAUAACAAAAUGCAUUUAAGGAAAGCUUUGAAGAGUAACUCCUCCCUCACUAAGGGACUAAGAACAAUGGUGGAGCAGAACUUGAUGGAGAAACUGGAAACCUUGGGGAUUAAUGCAGAUAUACAUGGCAUUUCAAGUGAUCAAUUGCAUAGAGUACUAAAAAGUGUGGAAUCAGAAAGACAUAAGCAAGAAAGAGAAAUACCUAACUUUCAUCAAAUUCGAGAAUUCCUUGAACAUCAAGUCAGCUGUAAAAUUGAGGAGAAAGCACUACUCUCUUCAGAUAAGUGCAGUGUUUCUCAAAUGGAUACCCUUUCAACUGGAGAAGUACCCAAAAUGAUACAACUUCCUUCCAAAAACAGACAAUUGAUUAGACAAAAAGCUGUUUCUACUGAUAGGACAUCUGUUCCAAAAAUUAAGAAAAAUAUCAUGGAAGAUCCUUUUCCCAGAAAGUCUUCAACUAUUACGACCCCUCCUUUUAGUUCAGAGGAGGAGCACGAGGACGAUGACCUCAUCCGGGCAUACGCAUCCCCAGGCCCACUUCCUGUGCUGCCAUCGCAAAGCAAGGGCAGCUUCGGGAAGAACACAGUGAAAAGUGACGCGGACGAGACCGAGGGAAGCGAAAUCGAGGACACUGAUGAUUCUCCCAAGCCCGCAGGAGCCGCCAUUAAAACACCUACUGAAAAAGUUGAAAAGAUGUUUCCACAUCGCAAAAAUGUGAAUAAACCAGUCGGUGGAACUAAUGUUCCUGAGAUGUUUAUCAAAAAAGAAGAAUUACAAGAACUAAAGUGUGCGGAUGUGGAGGAUGAAGACUGGGACAUACCAUCCCUAGAGGAAGAGAUAUCUUUGGGAAAAAGAUCUGGGAAAGAACAGAAGGAAUCUCCACCUGUGAAAAAUGAACCGCAUUUUGCUCAUGUGCUAAAUGCCUGGGGCGCAUUUAAUCCUAAGGGGCCAAAGGGAGAAGGACUUCAAGAAAAUGAAUCAAGCACAUUAAAAAGCAGCUUAGUAACUGUGACUGAUUGGAGCGACACUUCAGAUGUCUAAUUCCACAUGUCAGGAGAUUCUUCCAGAAGCCAGCAGUAUUUCAGUAUCACAGUGUUUCAGUAACUUGCCUCCAUGAUUCCAGUGCUUCUGCCUUACCGUACUUCCCACAGCAACACAGAGACUGAUUCAAAGAACAAUGGUCUCUUUAAUGGCACCUAAUACAGUAUUGAAAAUCAGAUCAUCAACAGUAUUUCGAAGUAUAUAAAGGUGUUUAAGACCUCUGCUGCUGCUUAAAAAUAACAUGUCAUUGAAGUCAUAAAAAGUUUUUUCUUCAGAACGGUA